AUUUCCUCAUCACCUUCUCCUUCAUCAACUUCACUUUGAUGAUACACCACUCCAUAUUAUUACCUCUUUCACAUUUCAUUUACGUUUUCCGUUUCCAUCCCCUCCGAUUUCUGUGAUAAACAAUGGCGGCCAACGGCAUGAAUAACGGUGCGACAGGGCGGAACGGUCUGGCGAAGAUUCACACGGAGAAGAGAGCCGACGAAGUCUGCCACGACGACAGCACGACGCCGAUGAAGGCGCAGACGAUCGACGAGCUUCAUUCUCUCCAGAUGAAGAAAUCGGCUCCGACUACGCCGCUCAACGGGAUCCAAGGCCCCUUCGCCGAGGAAGAGCGCACCAAGCAGCAGCUCCAGUCAAUCAGUGCGUCCUUGGCAUCGUUGACGAGAGAAACAGGGCCCAAGGUGGUGAGGGGAGAUCCGGCGAGUAAGUCGGCGACGCCGCGGGUUGUGAGCCACCACCACCACCAUGUGAGCCCCACCAUUAGCGUCAGUGACAGCUCUCUCAAAUUCACUCACGUCCUCUACAACCUAUCGCCUGCCGAGCUGUACGAGCAGGCAAUCAAGUAUGAGAAAGGUUCAUUCAUAUCGUCAAGCGGCGCCCUCGCUACUCUCUCGGGCGCCAAGACAGGGCGUUCCCCUAAAGACAAACGCGUUGUCAGGGAUGAAACCACUGAGCAUGAUCUUUGGUGGGGAAAGGGGUCACCAAACAUUGAAAUGGAUGAGCAGACAUUUAUGGUGAACAGAGAAAGAGCCGUCGAUUAUUUGAAUUCAUUGGAUAAGGUCUUUGUGAAUGAUCAAUUCCUGAACUGGGAUCCUCAGAACCGUAUCAAAGUUAGGAUAGUGUCAGCCAGGGCUUAUCAUUCCUUGUUCAUGCACAACAUGUGUAUCCGACCCACAGCUGAAGAGCUGGAGAACUUUGGUACUCCGGACUUCACUAUAUACAAUGCCGGACAGUUCCCAUGUAAUCGUUACACACACUACAUGACAUCCUCCACUAGCAUAGAUUUAAACCUUGCUAGAAGGGAAAUGGUCAUCCUCGGCACCCAGUACGCCGGGGAGAUGAAGAAAGGCCUUUUCAGUGUAAUGCACUAUCUCAUGCCUAAGCGUCAAAUUCUGUCACUACAUUCUGGUUGCAAUAUGGGCAAAGAUGGAGAUGUCGCUCUAUUCUUUGGCUUAUCAGGCACUGGAAAAACUACCCUGUCCACUGAUCACAACCGCUACCUGAUUGGAGAUGACGAACACUGCUGGAGUGAUAACGGUGUAUCCAACAUCGAAGGUGGCUGCUACGCAAAGUGCAUCGAUCUGUCAAGGGAGAAGGAGCCAGACAUUUGGAAUGCUAUCAAGUUUGGGACUGUAUUGGAGAAUGUGGUAUUUGAUGAGCACACUAGAGAAGUGGAUUACUCUGACAAAUCUGUCACAGAGAACACUCGAGCGGCCUAUCCUAUCGAAUAUAUCCCCAAUGCCAAAAUUCCGUGUGUUGCCUCACACCCGAAGAAUGUCAUACUCCUGGCGUGUGAUGCAUUUGGUGUGCUUCCACCUGUGAGCAAGCUCACCCUGGCUCAAACAAUGUAUCAUUUCAUCAGUGGCUACACUGCUCUGGUUGCUGGCACUGAAGAAGGGAUCAAGGAGCCACAGGCAACAUUCUCAGCCUGUUUCGGGGCAGCGUUUAUAAUGCUGCAUCCUACAAAAUACGCAGCCAUGUUGGCCGAAAAGAUGCAGAAGCAUGGUGCUACAGGGUGGCUAGUUAAUACAGGCUGGUCAGGUGGAAGAUAUGGGUCUGGGAGCCGUAUCAAACUAGCAUACACUCGCAAGAUCAUUGAUGCGAUCCACUCGGGUAGCCUGUUGAAGGCGGAAUACAAGCGAACAGAGGUUUUCGGGCUUGAGAUUCCGACUGCGGUUGAGGGUGUGCCUUCAGAUAUAUUGGAGCCCAUGAACACUUGGAAGGAUAAAAAAGCUUACAAGGAGACUCUGCUGAAACUAGGUGGGCUUUUCAAGAAUAACUUUGGAGGAUUUGUGGCUCACAAGAUUGGCAAGGACGACAAGCUCACUGAUGAAAUUCUUGCUGCUGGUCCUGUUUUCUGAGUGGCUUACGCAUAAAUAAAUAAACAGUUAUGAAGAUGAUCAAUCCAUGGGUUUCUCAUAUCAUAACGGAGUUGAAUCAAUAAAUUAUGCGUCGAGUUUAAGCUGCAUAGCUUUUUUUAUCAACCUGUACCUAAAGCCCAUGUGAGAUUAAUUAUAUGUGAGAUUAAUUAUUUCA